CGCCGCAGGGGGGCCAGGGGCAACCCCGAGAAGCUAACCCUGGAGCCUAGGGGAGGCACUGGGCCCAGAGAUGGUCGCCGGCCCCCGGGACCCGCGCCUGGUCCUGCCAGGGAGUUGCGACGUGAGAAGGACGAGGCUGGGCCCAGCACAGAGCCCCGGCGGGAGGACGGGCCCGGGCCUGCCAGGCGGGCCUCAUCGAUACUGGGCAGGUGGCCUGCAGGCCUCGCUGCUGGUAGUUUCGGGCCGGGAUCUUUGGGAGUAUCCUCCUCCUGGCGGCCGGGGGGCGCGGACCUGCCAGCCAUGGACCUGUCGGCUGGAAGACCCGCACCUGGGCAGGAUGGCCUAAACUGGCCAUUUUUGUACUCCAUCCGGUCUUUCACUCAGCGAUAAGGGUUUUUAUCCCCUAACCCCUUCUUUUUUUUUUUAAGAUUCUAUUUAUUUAUUAAUUAGAGAUAGAGAGAGGCAGAGACACAGGCAGAGGGAGAAGCAGGUUCCAUGCAGGGAGCCUGACGUGGGACUCGAUCCUGGGUCUCUAGGAUCACGCCCUGGGCUGAAGGCAGGCGCCAAACCGCUAAGCCACCCAGGCGUCCCCCCCUAACCCCUUCUUACCUGUGUUCUGGGGGCAGGUGAAUCAAAUAGUCCCGGGCUGCGUGGAUUCCUAGGCGCUUAAAGGGGUGAGGGCUGUCAGGGACAUAAGGGGUGCUGCUCAGACUAUCAUCUUUGGGCUAGCCCCUGCCCCCCUGAGCUUCACUUCUCCCUGGGCACGGUGGAGGUAGCUCUAAGUACACCUUCUAGUCUCCCUUCUGCCGGACUUCCCCAGCAGAAGGGGGAGAAUGAAUCCGCCCUUUGCACCAGUCUAGACAGUGGGCCUCACCAAAAGGAGUCACAGAGACCCCACCUCCUUCAACCCCACAGAUCCUUCUAGCCCCAUAGGUUUUGAAUCCGGCUGUCUUCUAGCCCUACCUACUUCUGGGGUGGCUGACACAAAACUCGCCCCCACAACUGGCUGAGGCUGGAAGCAGGUGACUCAGGAAGUGCCUUCCUUCCUCUGCAUUUGGCCUCUGGCCCUACCUCCAGAAUCAGUUCUGGGAUGAAUGCCCUCUUCUCCCGAAACUCCUGAAACUCCCGCAGGCACCUGAGUCACCAGCUGAUUUUGGCUUCCAAACUCCUAGCUCCACAGCCUUGCCUGCCCAGCUGACCUGACCGGCAGGCAGGAGGGUAAUGGCCUCUUGUGUUGGGAAGUUGCCCUGGGUUACCCGGCAGGCACUCCUGUUUGGUUUCCCUCCUUGCAGUCCCGGCUCUGGAUUAACCUGGAAGUGUUCCUACUGUACGUGUCUAGUGUGGGGUACCUGAGUCCUCAGGGAAGAGGAGAUCACCAGGGCCCAGAACCCAGGGCAUACCACUGCGGGGGCAGAUAUAGAGCGUGGCUCCCGGGGCUCUUGAGCUGCUGUCCAUUUCUCUCCUUGUGAAGUCUGGCUCUUCAGUUGUGAGCAAGUUGCAGAAGCCUGGGAUAUGGGGAGAGCUUGAGCCUGCAGGGGUGGCUGCUGGGGAAUCAGGAUCUGGGCCCACAGGAAGGAGAACGUCAUGGCUCUUUCGUCUCCCCAUCAGCCUCAACUGGGACAGACAUUUCCGCUCCCUGUGCAGAGCUGGGGUGGGGUUUGGAUGACUUCCUCAGCUCAGGGCUGUGUGCAGGGGGAGGGGAGGCCGGCAGCCUUGCCGAUCCGGAGCCAACCUGACGCAAUGGUGGUGCAAGAGUGGUGACUGGACUUGGCAGUGAACCAGGGCCUGGCCUCCUGACCCCUGAUGACCUAAGUGCCCUAGGGCUUGUCCCUAGCUGGCCACACCUUUUGUCCCCAGCAUGCCACCCUCUAGCCGUGGUUGCAUUUUAGGGAUGACAGAUUGCAUUUUAGGGAUGCCACAGGCCAUGACGCCUCUGUCGGGGCUGACAGCUCCUCACCUGACCUCCCUCUGGAAGGCACAGGACUGCCCCCCUCCAAGAUGAGCCAGUCUGGGCUCUGAAAACUCCAUGGGGCACUCCGAAGCCUGCUCAACAAUCCCCAAUACAGUGAUGUUUGCUUUGUGGUCGGUCAAGAGCGGCAGGAGGUGUUUGCCCAUCGGUGCUUGUUGGCCUGUAGAUGCAACUUCUUCCGAGGACUUCUUGGCCCAAAGCUGGGCCCCGGGAUGCCUAGCCCUGUGGUGCUAAGCACCGUGCCAGCUGAGGCCUUCCUGGCAGUGCUGGAGUUCCUGUACACCAACAGUGUCAGGCUGCACCGCCACUCUGUGCUGGAGGUGCUGACCGCGGCUGUGGAAUAUGGGCUGGAGGAACUGCGAGAGCUGUGCCUGGAGUUUGUGGUGAAGGUGAUGGAUGUGGAAAUGGUCUGUGAGGCCUUGCAGGUUGCCGUGACCUUUGGCCUGGGAGCCCUGCAGGAGCGUUGCGUAGCCUUCAUAGAGGCCCACAGCCGGGAGGCGCUCCGGACCCGCGGCUUCUUGGAGCUGUCGGCGCCCGCCUUGCUGCCCCUGCUGCGCAGCGACAGGCUCUGCGUGGACGAGGCCGAGCUGGUCCUGGCCGCCCGGAGCUGGGCGCGCGUGGGCGCGGCCGUGCUGGAGCGGCCUGUGGCGGAGGUGGCGGCCCCGGUGGUGCGGGAGCUGAGACUGGCCUUACUGGCCCCGGCGGAGCUGAGCGCCCUGGAGGAGCAGAACCAGCGGGAGCCGCUCAUCCCGACCUGCUUCUUGAAGCUCUCUCUCCAGAUCCCCGACACUCAGUCCAAGUCGAGCUGCCUUCUCAUCUUCCCCAAUUCCGCCCCCAUCGUGUUUCUCAUCCACGUGGGUGCCCCAGCCAGAAACCUGCAUCUCGGCCUUGCCUUGUUCCUCUGCAUCACAGCUGCCUCCUGCGGCUUCCACCUUCUAAGAGACUGAAGGGUCGCUGAAUGUACCAACCCAAAAUAUGCCUCUUUGGGCUAACGAUUAUUUUAAGCUGGUUGUUUUGAGAAACAGCGGAAGCUCUGGAAAGUAGAAGUUACCCUUUUGUAAGGGAAAUGUAUAUUUAAAAAGGAAAUCUCCAUUUGUAAGGGUGUCUCAUUCUUGUGCCAGGAAAAGAAGGAUGAUGAACUCACAGGAGGAUAUUAGUGGAGAAGGCCCCCACUGAAAUCUGCUUAACAAACCUCCUGUUGUUUACUGUGCUUUUCCUGGUAGCUUCCCCGUAACUAUCCUCCCUACACUUUUCUUUGCUCUUUAGCUUAAGAUGGUUUUUCAGCAGGUAUUCAGACCGCUUUGGGGAGCCACUCAUUUUUCCCUGGGUAUCUUCCAUGUACACUGAGAUAUACAUACUAAUAAACUUGUUUUCCUCUUGUUAAUCU